GCGAGGUAUAAACUGUAAUAAACAGCAGUUAUCUAUGAUACACUUGUACGUCAGCUUGGCAUAAUCAUGCAAGAAAAAGUAACGCUAAAAAAGGUGAUAGUUGUCAUGAAGUUGAGUUUAUUCGUUAUAUGGUUUUGGCCGCUGCCACAGAACACCAGUAAACGCAAGCUGCUUUAUCUGAAGUUGUAUGAGUUCGUCUCUGUGCUACUGGCAAUAAUGUUUUUAGCAUCGGUGUUAUAUGGUUUGAUGAGAAAUUUAAAUAAUCCUAGUCUCGUCAUAAAAUCAGUCUUGUCUUUGUUUCCUAUCUGUCACCUUAUCUGGAAUAUUUUAAGUCAUGCAGUUAUUUAUCAACGCUUACAAUACGUUACUUUCGAAAUGGAGAACUUUUGCGCACUGAUCGACCCUCACGAGGAAGCGAUUAUUCAACGAAAAUACAUCGAUAAGUAUACCAGCUUUUACGGUUUUUGCAUAGCUUCAUUCUACCUAACUCCUCUCGUUAUCGUCAUGGGACCUAUUGUGUUGGACCAGCCACUUCCAGUAUUUGCCGAAUUUCCGUUUGACGUAUCUCGUCAACCACUGAGAGCUAUUACAUACAUACAUCAAGCUGUCGUAGCCGUGCUAAUAUCAGGAUAUUUGUCGGUAAACGCUUUCAUGGCGUUGUUAAUCUGGUUGACGUCAGCGAGGUUUAAAUUGUUGAGCGAAGAUAUACGGGCAGCUACGAAUAUCUAUGAUUUUAUAAAGUGCAUCGAUAAACAUCAAUAUUUACUUAAAUACGCAUCGGAAAUUGCUCUUACAGUUCGUCCCUAUGCAGUAGGUGCAGUGCUUUUCACUACUGUAUCGAUAGUAGUGUUCAGUCUUAUUUUUAUUUUAGAAGCAGCAUUACCAGUGAAAAUUCAAGCUAUAUUCUUAGCCUUCAGCACAUUAUCGGAAGUAUUUAUGUAUGCGUGGCCUGCCGAACAUUUAAUCCAUGCGAGCAAUGAUGUGGCACAAGCAACCUUUGAAACGGAAUGGUACAAUAAAUCAAACAAUCUUCGGAAAAACUUACAAAUAGUUAUACUAAGAAGCCAGAAACCAGUAGUUAUUGCAUUACCAUACGGUUUGCCAACGUUAUCUUUACGUUAUUAUACGUCGUAUCUAUCAACUAUAUUCUCCUACUUCACAACGAUGCGAAUAAUGUUCGAAGAGAAAAGCAAUGAAAUAUAAGCAAGACAACAUAGUUCUAACGAGUUUUAAUGAAGUAGAAUUUUC